AAACAUACAGCCCAUCCCUCCCCUCCACACUCCUCUUUAUAAACCACGCAAGAACUCGGGAGCGGUUGAGAAAAACAAAAACCACAAUCGAGCUGAGGCCAGUACUCCAGCGCCAACCAAGAAAGCGAGGCCGAGCCAAGAAGAAGAAUGGGGGAGGUGCCGUCGCUGUGCAGCGUCGUGCCGCGCCGCGCCGCCGCGCACUUCCGGCUGCCGCGCCACGGGCUGCGCCGCAAGGUCCACGUCGUCCGGCUCGGCGGCGCCGGCGCACGGCGGGCGGGUUGCGCCCGCGUGCUCUGCAGCCUCCGGGGCCGGAUGAAGCUGCGGUGGCUCAGCAGCGCCAUGUGGCGGCUCGCCGGGGUCUGCGUGGCGGUGAUGUCGGGACCACCCGGGGUUUCCGACGGCCCGCCGUCGUGGACGGGCAUGGAGCCGUGCUUCGCCGCGCCCUUGGUGGCGGCCGUGCUGGUGCGGCGCGCGGGGCAAGACUGCUAGCCUUGGGAUCAUGCACGUGAGGACAACGCCGGUGUACAUACCACUACUGCUCAAUGGACAAUGGAGCCAUGGGAGGCAUGGAGCAUAAAUUAGUAGUACAGUACUAAGUAACCAUUCUUACCUCUACACUGAGCGAUUUGUUGAUGUCUGAAACGCUGGAGAUUGCAUCACUUACAUUCUGCCUGGUCAUUCUCUGGAUUUCCUCUACUCCUGCAGUCCUUUUGUUCAUAGCAA